UGUACCUGUCGAGAUCGCACAGGCCUAAACUUCAAAAUAAUUUGAAAUUAUAGAGCACAUAUAAUAUCGAACACAGUAAUAUAACAACAAAAGUUAAAAGCUGUAUGAAAGGCCAUACGAUCCCUAAUCUUUGAAAUAUCGUAAAAGAACUCCGAGGAAAAAAUAAAAUGUUCUACGUGAAGAUGUAACCAAAUCAGGUGAAAGAGAUUUCCAAAAAUGGAUGUUUUCAGAGUUUCUGUGGUGAUUGUCCUUUUCGUUAUACACAAAACAACACAUGCUGACCUUCAACACUUCGACUCAAAACCAAGUCGUUGCAACGAAAGCUCCAUCAACUACAACAUCGUAUUUAAAGAAGGCCAUCAUGCAGGAACGUUUCAAAAAGAGACGGACAUUACUGAUAUGGUAUCGUGCAUCGACAAAUGCUGUCAAACCCAGGACUGCGAUGUCGCUUUUAUGUCGCAGGAAAAUUGUUACCUAGUUGACUGUUAUAACAUUGAUAGUUGUGGAACGAAACAUUUGAAAAGGCCGAAAUUUGAAACAAUGCUCUCGUUUGUAGCACACUCGAGAAGGAAUCGACUAAAGUUUGCAGAAGAAAAUGGUGGGAGAAUAUUUGUCGAAGCCGCCAAAAAUAAUUCUCCUCAAAUGGACCAUCCAUUGAUAUUAAAUUCGUCAAAACAACAUGAUAGGCUAGCUGAUUAUCAGCAAAAGUAUUCAGAAAGUAUGUCAACAAGCCGUUCAGAGAUUAUCGACAUUAUAUUAGCGAUCGGAGCAUCCAUCGUCGCUAUAUCGGCGGCGAUUAUUGGAGUAAUCACAAUGACGAGGAAACUUACGGACCGAAGUGAACGUUCACAAUAUGAAACCAUCAAAUGAAUGUUAGCAGGACAAUUAAAACUUUUCAUUUUGCUGAACAUGUUACUGGCAAACUAAUUCUCGUACAUUUGCCUCACAUUUUACACCUGAAAAAGUACAUCCAUCGUAAGGGGAAAUGCAAAUUAGAUAAUGAAUAUUGCUUAGCUUGCUAUAAACUAAACUAGCUGGUCAUUUACCCAUAAUUGCGAUUAGAUUAUAUAAUUCUGCAGCAUUGCCAAAAAUAGUAACGAGUCUUUCAUGUCAGCAAAUCGUGAAAAUCAAAUGAGCGAUUAAAUCUGCCAAUUCGUGAUUGAUGAACAUCCAACCGGGAAUAAAGUGAACGAGCCUGUUUAAGCUUUCAAGGUAAAGUAAAACGUCAUAUUGGGCAGUUCACAAGUCACUUCAAGUCUAAUUUUUAUUACAAUUGCGUUCACCAAACUGCGACGCCAAAGUGCUGCUUAAAUGUAUCAGUUAAAAAAUCCGGCACAGGACCGCAAUAGCUGGUUAAAAGACAUUGGCAAAAUAAUUUUAUCGUUUAUCUCUUUUAAACAUGCCAACGGAGUACUUAAUUUUGUAUUUUUACUUGCCCAUCGCAUUUAGUUGUUGAGAAAUGUUACGAUGAAUUUGAAACCUAUUCAUGCUUCGUCCGCCAUCUUGAACUGCAUGAAUAGACGCGUAUCUAAUGGGAUACGUUUAAAAGCUAUUAUUGUGUAUACCAUUAAGCAUUUAUUGUUAGGUUUAAACUACCCUCAUUGCAUUGAUAUUUGCAACAUCGAUCGGCUUAUGCAAUUAUAUAGUGUACAAUUUAUUU